AUGGUUUCAACACAGGUUAAAGUCGAAGAGUUAUGUCGAACAUGUCUUACAAAGGAAAUUGAGUUAAUUUCUGUGUACGAAGUAUAUUCAAAUUCCACUUUGGAAAACAUUAUAUCCACAUUAACUGGGAUAAAGAUAGAAACGGGUGAUGGCUUUCCGACAAGCGUAUGCUAUGUGUGCAAAGAAAAAGCUACAAAUGCAUAUGAUUUUAAACUACAAUCUAUACAAGCUGACACCAACCUUCGUAAAAGUUACAAGAAAACAAAGCAUGAAGAAAAAGUGUGUGAAGAUAAGUUUGUAAAAAUGGAACAUGAACCUGAUGAUGACUUCAUGGACUCGACAGAUUUUGAGAUUGAGUUUACAAAUGACUUUGAAUCUUUUGACAACAUUAAAACUGAAGCAGAGACAAAUAUCAAUGAAAAAAAGAAAACAGAUAAAAUUCCAACUUCAGAUAAAGAUGGUGGUACAUAUUGUCCUCUUUGCGCCACAAGCUUUCUAAACUCAGAUGGUUUGACUAGUCACAUGUGGGAGCAUCAUGCUGACAUUAUGGGUCCUAAAAAAAGGGGCCGUCCCAAAAGACUUGGCACAACGGCGAUUCUUAAUAAACUCUCGGAAAAUGGUGUACAUGUCAAGUGGGUGACAGACAUGAAGUUCAGCUGCACCUUUUGUUCGCAGCAGCUAAGGUCAAAGGAUGAUUUAGACUCGCAUGUGAAAUCUGAUCACUCAGAUACAAAAUUAUUGAAUUGCUUAUUAUGCAAGAAGAUGUUUUUGAAAAUGGAAGAUUUUGAAAAACAUAAAUGCGGCCAAGACAAGAAUGGGGAUAAGCCUGAGGUACAACCCGCCGGUGGUAUGAGCAAAGAUGUAUGUGGAGAGGUGACAUUACAUGAAAUAAUUGAAAAAAUUCCCGAUACGGAAUGUGUCUCGGAUAUAUUUAUAUGCGAUUAUUGCGGGUGCGUCUGUGCCGGUCGCGAGGCGAUUGCAAGACACAGGGACGAUGAUCACCCGGAGAUGUCCCCGCGAUGCUCGCUUUGCUGCAAGACGUUCGCCUCGGUGGCGGCUGCGGCGCGCCAUAGAACACGUUGUACGCAUCGGGAACGGUCAUUACGGUGUGAAUUGUGCGCGGCACGUUUCGCCCAUGCGGCAACGCUUAACAAACACAUUUUGCGUUCGCAUCGCGGUCAGCCCGUGCGCGUUCGACCGCCGCUCCCGCCGCCCAAUGACCGCGAUCCCGCCUUCCGAUGCGAUAUAUGUUCAACUAAAUUCUGCAGGAAGGAUCUUCUCGCAAGACACGCGAAAGUUCACAAGCCGAGCGACAAAGUGUUUGAAUGUAAUACAUGCAAUAAGAAGUUUCACAGGAAAUGCAGUCUCAGAACACACAUGCGUGUACAUGAAUCUGGCGGGACCGGCGGGAGUACUAGCUCCUGUCUUUGCCUGUACUGCGGCCGUGGCUUCUCCAAUUCAUCGAACCUCAUCGUACACAUGCGCAGACACACAGGCGAAAAACCGUAUAAAUGUGAUUUCUGUGGAAAAGGUUUUCCGCGUUCGUCAGACCUACAGUGCCAUAGGCGAUCCCAUACGGGAGAAAAACCUUGUAUUUGCGGCGUUUGUGGGAAAGGCUUCAGCCGUAGCAACAAGCUCUCUCGACAUAUGCGCGUUCAUACGGGCGUUAAGCCAUACAAAUGUGUGUAUUGUGAAAAGGCGUUUUCUCAAAGCAACGAUCUCAAUCUACAUGUCCGACGACACACCGGCGACAAACCCUACGUCUGUGAGCUGUGCGGCGAGCGGUUUAUACAGGGGACAGCACUGCAUAACCACCGUCGUGCCCACGGACACUAUAGUGAAACAGUCCCACCACCAGCACCGCCCCCUUACUCCGUCGUGCCCAUUCUCCAUACAUCAUCAACUCUGUGA